CGCAGAUUGACGGCUCAUUUCAGCUGGAGCGAAGGCAGAUCACUGGUUGGGUUUUGGUUUGGUUUUGUAAUAUUUUGGAGUUCUAUCAUACUAUUUUUUUUGAAGACCUUUCAUAAUAUCACCACCUCACCAGCACAUUUAUCUGUCACGAUCUUUAACGUCAUGACUACUGCAAUAAAAGAGCUGACCACUUUGGAAGAGUGGGAGGCCGAAUGGGACGCUUUGUCAGACGAAAUAAAGACUUACAAACAAACUAAAGUGACAGAAUACAACGACCUAAUGGCAAAAUGGGAAACUGCUCAAGCCAGCUGUAUGAAAGUAAUUGCAAUGCAUAAAAAAAAAGUUGAUGCAUUUAAACACUCUCUCAAGAAAGUUUCAAAAGCUUGCAAGGAUGAAGAAAAACUACAGGUGUUUUAUAAGCAAAUUGAAGAAAAUGAAAAGCAAAUACAAGAAAUGAAGAGAAACCUUCCAGUUAGUAUAGGAUUAUUCUUACGAUGUUGUUUGGGAGACAUUGACCUAUCGCUGUAUAGUAAAAAACUUAACUACAAGAACAAAUAUGAAAAAUUCAAGUUGAUUAUGACUUUAAUCUCUUUCUUUAUCUCCAUCUUGAAUUUGCUUGUGUUUAACCACAGAUUUACAGAUGCUUUGUUUCAUGCUGUUUUGCUUUGGUACUACAGUUCUUUAACAUUACAAGAGCACAUUCUAUUGGUCAAUGGGUCCCGGAUAAAAAACUGGUGGAUUUUGCAUCACUACUUGUCCAUUCUGUUAUCUGGAUUUUUACUGAUAUGGCCAGAUGGAAAAAUAUAUCAACUGUACCGAAAUAAAUUCUUUUAUUUCUCCAUUUAUUUAAGUUUUGUUCAAUUUCUACAAUACAAUUAUCAGCGAGGAGUCCUUUAUCGAUUGAGAGCUUUAGGGGCCAGUCGUACUAUGGACAUAACUGUAGAGGGAGUCGAUACGAAGCGUUCUAAUGGUCUUGGAUUUAUCGUUCCGUUUUUAUGUGUGGGUUAUUUUCUCCAAUUCUAUAAUGCCUAUCUUCUUUUUGAUCUGUCAUUUUAUAAUGAUUGUGAUAUGUGGCAGGUUCCAUGUUGCGCCAUGCUUUUCCUUGUCUUGGGCAGCGGUAAUCUAAUCACACUACUCUACGUCAUAGGACAGAAGAACAAGAUGCACCUUAAAUCCUCAUAGUUCCCGAUAAGUACACGAUUGUACAGUGCGAACUGUGGAUUAUCAUGGUUUAAUUUAUACUUAAACCACGCGCACAAAUUUAUACGAUUUAAUUCGGGCACGAUUCAAUGGGUAAAUUUAUAGAUACACACAUUUAAAAUAUGAAUUACCAAGACACCAUAACUGUUUAUAAGUUUUAAUUAGCCAUUGUCACCAAGCAAUUUACAAAUUAUUAAAGUAAGUUAAUUGUUAAAUAAAUAAGAAGUUCUUAAAAAGGAAUUAUCUUUUAAAAUAAAUCAAGACGUUUGUUCUCAUUUUCAAACACGAAAUGUGUGUCAGCACCUGGAUAUGACCAUCCAUCAUCCAUCAUGGUCUUUAUUGUGCUUCCAACCAAAGUGUUGUGUUAUUGUUGUCAUCUCCUCCAUUAUGAAAUCAACAGAUCUGUAAAAUUGACAUUAAAGGAUAGACAUUUUGCAUUUCAAA